CCUCAAACAUGGCGGCGGUUUCUACAGUCAAACUUGAAGGUGAUGCAUACACGGUCUGUUUGAUUCACGCUCUGUCUACUGAGAGAGAAGAAGUCAUGGGAUUACUUAUUGGAGAGGUUGAUAAUGGUGUUACACAUAUUUAUUCAGUUAUAAUGUUACAACGUCUUGACAAAAGAAAAGACAGAGUAGAAAUUUCACCAGAGCAGUUAUCAGAUGCCUCCAACCAGGCAGAAAGAUUAGGGCUACUAACAAGAUGUCACAGACCAAUGCGUGUUGUUGGUUGGUAUCACUCACACCCCCAUAUAACUGUUUGGCCAUCACAUGUAGACUUAAGUACACAAGCAAUGUAUCAAGUCAUGGAUGAGGGAUUUGUUGGACUGAUAUUCUCGUGCUUUAAUGACACAAAGUCAGAAUAUUGAUGCCAAUGACCUGAACUUAGAAAUGAAAAAAAAAACACAACACAGAGAGACAUUUAUUAUAUUUUUAUUAUAUUUUUAUUGAAAUUUAUAUAUUUCUAACAAAAAUGCUAAAAAAAACAUGAACACUUAGCUUGGGAUACCUUACAAAAAGUUUGUAAUUAUUUGUAGGGAACAUCUAUCUUGACUUGUAAACAAACGAAACAAACUCGCAAGCCCAUGUCCUGCAGAAACACCCUUUUAACGYCUAUGUAACCCAAUAAAUGUACCUACAAUCUUGGACAUAAAUACUUGACAAUUUUUCACUUGGUCAUUACAAAUACUGUAUCGUGUGC